AUGUCCCCAGUCAUUAACGAGGCCUUGCCAGGUUCACUGCGAUGGGUUGCUGCAUCCGGUAGCGACAUGAACGAGAGCAGGGAUGGUGAUGAGAUGCUCUGCGAGGCCAUGAGCAAGAUGGUGGAGGCUGGGCGAGUCGACAGUCACAUCCUCCUACCACCGCCACCUUCUCGCUCAAGAGGACCCAUCAGAGCAUCCUGGAUGGCUGCUGCCAAGUUCGACUUCCACACGAGUGGCGAGGGUGCAAUGCGAGAUGCGGUGCAGCACAUCGAACGUAUCACAUUCGGCGAGACAUCAGCGCAGCGGGUUGGACACGGGAGCGUCGGGUGCAUGGCUAUGAUCUGGGCUCGGCCAUAUGCGGGUUGCGUCAAGGGGAUCGUAUUGCAACAGACUGAGCGGGCACAAUACGCAUCCCCGCAACAUACACAAGAGUGUCGCGCGGGGACGGUUCGAGGCGGCAAGCUGACCAUGCACGGUGUGCCGGCAUGCGGACAUGGUGCGGAGCGCAAGGGCGAACGCGCACAGUGGCAACACGUGGCAUUGCGCGCCCGUCACUUAUCGCCUUCUUUCCAGACUGCGAGCGCAGCUGCGGCCACCCCCGUGCCUGUCAACGUCGCGGACGCUAAGUCUGAGUCGUCAGAGCCGGCUCCGCGUGCCAAACUCGAACGCAAGCCUGCCGUCUCCCCCGCUGUCGCCGCCAAGAUCGCCGCCCUCUUCCGCUCUCGGCGUGCACACCAUGCGUCGCUCGGUACCAUCCAGGAGAUCGAGGACGCCCUCCGCGUGCUCGAGGCGUCCGCGGAGCACGCUGACCGGGCUGUACAGACGCGCGCACAAGGAUGA